GAGGAUAAGGCCUUCGGCUUUCCCUUUCUGCGUUCUUUAUCCUUUUAUUUAACUCUCUGAUCGAAGAUGAUAUUACUGUUUCCGUUCAUUAAUUAUUUCAAAUUCACGUUUCUAUAUAUAAAUUGCUGUCUGUUCAUCGUUGGACAAUCUCUCUCCUCUCCAGUGAAAAAUCCCAGUUUCUGAAUCUGAUUUGCGGAUGCAAUCCAUGGCGGUCUUCGUCCUCCAUUGAUUAAAUUAUCAUAUCCAUAUAUUCAACUUCGCUCUUUCGGUAUAUAUUGUCUACAGUUGAAGCCAUUUUGGCGUGUUUUGAUCAUCGUUCAUCCAUUUGGUUUGGUAUUAUUCUCUCUGAAACAGCCAUCAUGUCAAUUGCUUUGGAUAGAAAUAGCAGGAUUCCGCCGUCCGUUUUCUCGCAAGGCGGCUUGCCGUCGUACUGCUCCGUCUUGAAUACGGCGGGAAUUAUUCCGGUAGUUCGACGAGAGGCUGCCGUCGGUGAUGCAGUGGCGCCGGCGGAGGAGUUGGAUAGAUGUAGUUCGUCUUCAUCGUCGUCGAUCGGAGAAAACAGUGGUUUGUCUGUAAAAUCGUCGGAUAAUGACGACGACGGGGAAAAUAAUGAGGCGGAAAGCUCUUAUAAAGGUCCUCUAGGAAUGGAAUCGUUGGAGGAAGUUUUGCCUAUGAGGAGAGGAAUUUCAAAUUUCUACAACGGAAAAUCCAAAUCCUUCACGAGCCUGGCAGAAGCUUCCUCUGCCGCCACCAUUAAAGACAUAGCAAAGCCUGAGAAUGCCUAUUCCCGGAAACGGAGAAAUCUUCUUGCAUCUAACCUCAUCGCCGGCGGCAUAUCGAAGCGGCCGAUCAGUUCAAGUCGAAGCUCGUUGGCGCUGGCUGUCGCCAUGUACACCUCUGGAAGCCACAGCAGCGACGAUCUGAAUUCGAGAUCGCCACCACCGAUUCGUCCUCCAUUGCACCCCAACGGACGAUCUUCUCGCAGCAAUUUAGCUUCUACAGUUCAUCUUCUUUGUAAAUACCCCACCUGGCGAUCAUACUCCCUGGCCGAUAUACAGUAGCUCAGGGCUUCCGUGACCCCAUGAAAGCUGAUCAUCAUCAAUUCAAAGCUAACUUGACCUUGCGAAACCGACUAUCGACAAAUCGGUCUCUUCCAACAAUACAUUUUCUUUCAAAUUGUUAACGAGCUUUACUUCGACAGCAUCUUUGUUUUGAUUUUUUGUAUGUAAAAUUAAGAAAAUUGCAGUCGAUCUUUCGAAUCGAUAUCUGUACGAUAAUAGAAUUUGAAGAGCAAAUGGAGAAAUCUGAGAGCUUUUUCCUU